CUGGGUGAAACAAUAAUUUUUUUGUCAAACGUUCUCUACAACUCGUCUAAUCUCACGUCCUGAUCGUGUUGAAUGGCUGGGUAGCUCACAUAGCCCCAGCCCGCGAGUGUUCGGCCAUGGCCACCCGCCUACCGCCUCUCAAUGAAUUGGCUCGAUCGCCAGCCCUCGAGGAAACAUCCCCAUCAUCUACAUCCUCGCUGGUGCCCGGUCACCCAGUCACUUCUAUUGCUGCAAUUUCCGAUUCGAACUCGGUGGUGAAAGUCGAGGACUCCCCCACCCCGUCUGCAUUGGCCUCCGGUGAUGCAGAUACGCCCGCGCCUGAUGCUGGAGGCGCGGCCACGGCGGUUGCGGGCCGGAAACGCAAGCUGAACAGCAAUUCCGCCCGGGGUGUCGCCAAUCUUACCCCGGAACAACUAGCUAAGAAGCGAGCCAAUGAUCGCCAGGCCCAGCGCGCAAUUCGCGAGCGCACGAAGGCUCAUAUCGACUUGCUCGAACAGCAAGUCCGCGAUCUUUCGUCGCAGAAACCGUACUUGGAUCUUCAGGCUGCGCUGAAGCAGAAUGAAGCCGUUCAAGUGGAGAACAGAGAACUCAAGCAGGGGUUGAAAGCAGUCCUGGAGAUUAUACAACCCCUGUUAGGAGACCAGGCAAAGUCUGAUCUUUUAGCGUCGGCAGCCGCCUCUACGAGCGCCAAACCCAUGCCCUCGAUAUCCGUGACGUCGUGUUUCUCAGACAAUAGCCAUUUUCCUUCAAACACCCAACCGUCGGCCUCGACCGAUUCCUCAUAUACGAAGCCUGCGGGCACGCAGCCCCCUUCCUCCUCCACACCCCUCACAUUCUCGCCCACUGCAGGUCGACGGAAUUUAACGGCUGCUGGUCCGGCUUCGUUUCGCAUUGCGUUUGAUUACCAGCGACAUAAUUUAGCCCAUGGCCUUGACUUCGGCGGCACGGAUGAGCGGAUGGGAUUCAAUUUCUUGCUCGAUACGUCGCAACAGGUACCCAAGGUGGAUGGAUUUCGUCGUUGCUCCGAGGCACCCAGACCAGCCCCUGCGAGCACAGCCUCGACUUAUCCAGCACCUCUACCUGCAGGCGCGACGACGGAGCAACCGCUGUCCUUGCCUGCGCACUUGACUCCAAUCCGGAACAUCGCGCCGACCUGCACACUAGACGCCAUCCUCAUGGAUUUCUUGCAUCAUCGCCAGCAAGAGGCAGCAAAGGGUGUACCGAAACAGAAUCUUGUUGGCCCGUCGUAUCCUAGCGUAUCGUCCUUGCUCAAUCCAGAACGGAGUGUGUACUCACAUCCUUUGUCGAAAGUGUUCACUGACAUUCUGCGCACGUUCCCGGAUAUCGCAACAUUGCCGGAGCAAGUUUGUGUUCUUCUUUUGAUGUUCCUUUUAAUGCGAUGGCAAAUAUAUCCAACUCCAGAGAAUUACGAGCGAUUGCCUGAAUGGCUGACCCCCCGUCCAUCGCAGCUACUCACUCCGCAUCCGGCUUGGAUUGACUAUUUGCCUUGGCCGCGCAUGCGAGAUCGCUUGGUGAUGACGUAUCGAGACUAUCCGUUCGAGAACUGGUUUAUACCCUUCACACGGACUCUGUCGGUCAAUUGGCCAUAUGAAGCAACCGAUUGUCUGCUCUCUACUGGAGAUGGUGACGAUUUGAUUAUCAAUCCUGUCUUCGAAAGACAUUUCCGGAACCUCAGCAAUUGGUCCCUCGGCCCGGCGUUUGCGGAGGCAUACCCUUCGCUGGUAGAUACAACCAAGAUCAAAUAAAAAACCACUCACCGGCAAUAGUACAAUGCACAUAAUUGGUAGAGUGGGCCGCUUAACCACGGUCUAAGUUCGGUGGCCUGUGGCCUCGGUCAUGCCCAACGUUUGCUUUCUCAUCUCUGAACGCAUGUCAUGUGCAAUUACCCGUCUUAGAAAACAAUACUUUCUCAAGGAUAUUUACUCGGAUUUCCG